AUGGAUACAACAGGAUCAAGUAAUGGCCAGGAAAGAAGGUCAGUUACUCCACAACCGCAGCAGCCCCAGACGCAGCAGCAACAUGAUUUACGCCUAAACAAUGCUCCAUCUCAUAGGCCAAUUGGGGGAAUUUGUGAUCCAAUCCAACAUAAAAUGGUCCAUCCAGCUACUGACUCAGUAGCACAACCACUGUCACGGGGGGAUAGAGGCUAUCAAGAAUAUACAAUCCUUCCAUCGCUGGAACCACCUCGAACACCUUCACCACAAACACUUGCUCCGCGAACUUCCUCAAAUCAAGCAGGCACAUUUGCAAACUUUCAAUUACCCAAUGACAUUUUGAAAAACUUGACUCCUAUUAUCAAAUCCCCUCCGAAAGAUAAAUCAAAACAACUUACUCGUAGAAAAGCGUACAUACGUAAUGUGCAAUUAAAAGUUAAUACCAAGAAUAACCGAGUUCGAAAACAAUUGAAGGAUUGGAAAAGGCAGCAACUGGAAUAUACUCAGUAUCAGAGCGCCAAAUUGACGGAGCUGCUACAACGGGCUAAAUUACGAAGGGAUGAAUAUUUAAGAAUGGUCAAGGAAAAGGCCGUCAGGUUCGUAAAGGUUGAGGAAGAUGGUGUGCCCCAACCUGGAACAGAAAAAAGUUUAUUGCCUCCUUUCCUCCAAACAAGCUCGUUGCAGUCACAAUUUUGGCCAUUACGACAAGAUGCAGCAGCACGUCAAAGUCUCGUUUGUUUUCAAAAGUUGUGCAAGGAAUUUGUAUACAAAAGACAUGUUGCGUUUCUUCAAAACUCAGGAUUCCUAAGCAAAUUCAAGUCCAUGCCAUUCAAUCAAAUCUUGAUUUGUUUCAAUACUGAAUCCAGUAUUAAAAUGAGUAUAUCUUUCAUUUUAAAACAUUUGGGGAUUGUCAAAUCCCAAUUUGAGUUAAAAAUGUUUCAUUAUUCUUUUAUCAUGAUUGCCGAUUUUAAUGAUUGCAUGCUCAAUGGACCUCAUCCUGGGUUCAACUACAAUUCAGAAAUGAAAACUAAGAGUCAGGAAAAGACAGCUACAGCAAAAAAUUGCAUAUGGGUUCUACUCUAUAAACUUACAAGUUGUUUGUUGCAAGAGUUUGAGCACAUUAUUGACAUUUCGCCAAGAGUUCUGCAAAAGCUUUGGAAAUAUUGGAAUGAUUACAAGUUUAUCUUUAAAAUUUUCAAAUGGAAUCAUUUUGUUGGUAUCAAGCACUUGUUGUGCAGCUCAAUCUCAAUAGUGGAAGAGCAAAUCUCACGUAUAUCUGACGAUGAAGAUUUGCAUAACCAACGAAACAAAUUAAAUUUGGAAUUAUCGUUGUUGAACAAGUACGAUUUGGAAACAUUGAAGGAAUUCAAUGAAUCACUACAAGCUACACAAUUUACAUCCUCAAUUUACAAUACAGUGGAUGAGUUGUACACCAAUUUUGGCACCAAGUCGCCCAGUUUUAUUCAAAAUCAAUCAAAUGUUAUAUGUUUUGAUUUGUUAAAGUUUUAUUUACCAGAUUUCAUUGGCAUUGAUAAAUGGAGAAGGCAUUGGUUGAAUGUAUACCUCAACGAAUUUGAAUCGAAUCGACUGCAUCCUAGUGAGUUAAAAACAGGCUAUCUAGGUGAAGUUGGAAGCAAGCCACGCAACGUCGACUACAUCAAUUUAGUUGAUUCGUUGAUGGAUUUGGAACAGUUUUCCCUAACUCAGACAUAUGAAAUUUUAUACGAUUACUAUUUGGAAUUUUCCGGUGUGUACUCGUUACCUGGUGUUGUUGAUGGUUUUGAUGGGUUGAAAAAAGUACAAAACUUGAUCAAUCAUUAUGACAAGCAAAACAAAUUGGCACAGUUUAAGCAUUCCAACAUGGAUGAUGACGAAAUAUUGCAGCUCAAGUAUACAGUUAUUAUUAUGUGGCUACAAAAGUGUCAAUUCAACAAGUUUGAUGAUUUUGCCAAUUUUGAAAAUUUGUACACAAUUAUCAAUUUAAAAAAUUUCAAAAACUUGAGGUUUUCCAUCUACACCCAGAAUCCAAAUUUGUUAUUUCCAGAGUUUUAUAAACUAAUCAUGAAGUUUAGCUCUUUGGAUGUGGAGACACAAUUGCGGAAUAUUGUUUAUGCGUCAUUUAAGAACAAUUUAAACAAGUUAUUUCGAUCUAGACCGAACUUUAAUCAAGAAGCUUUCAAUCUUUUCACUCGGAUCUUCAACCAUAUGAUUGUUGAUAAGGAGUUUGAUAAUGAAUUGAGUGCCACAUUUAGGGAUAAUUUUAGUCACUACCAUACAAGGUUGACGAAACUUGUCGAGAUGAACAGCUUGUCUAUAAUGUUUCAUUCGUACACAGGAGGCCAGCUAUCGGCAACUGGCCUAGAAUCUGUGGUCAUUGACUUAGAUCUGCUUUCGAACAAACUGUUUGUUACAUAUUAUAAAAACCACGGAAAGAAAAUUCGUAUCUUGCUACUUGAUAAAUGGCAAGAUAUCAUGAACGGGAUGGCUGAUGGUCGUAUCGCUUUGACCAAUUUGGGUAAUCAUUUGCAACCAAUCUUUGCUGAAUGUACACAAGACAUGGUUCUUGUAUCAUUGGAAAUUUACAAAUUUAAUCAGUUUUUAUACAAAACGUACAAUCCUAUUUUGAAUUGGAUUUACGAAGAUGUGGGGACAGGGUAG